AUGCCCAGCCAGUCCCCAAGCAAUGGCUACAUUGGAAAGACCAAACCCAUGAGUUUUAUGAGCACAACAUUAUAUGGCAGGGAAUAUCGCUUUGGUCAGUUCUGGUCAACUGUCCCAGAUCUGUCCUCUCCAAACAUCUUUCCCAGCUUCAGCCUACUCGCUGAGGGUGCAGAGUGGAAAACAGAAAAGGCCUUGAUGCUGUGCAAUCACUGUUCAGCAAGAGCUGAAACACUGGUUAAUCUCCGAGCCACUGAUGUGAAGCUUAUGCGCCAGCUACUCAUCAUCAAUGAAAGUAUUGAAUCAAUCAAGUGGAUGAUUGAAGAGAAGGCCAUUGCCAGCAGAGGUAGCAGUUUGAGUGGCAGCCUGUGCAGCUUGCUGGAAAGUCAGGAGACAUCCCUCCACGGCAGUUGUAACAGUUUACAAGACUGUAGUGAUGGACUUGACGGAAUAUCAGUGGGGAGUUAUUUGGACACCUUAGUGGAUGAUGUCCCUGGUCACCAAACCCCUUCAGAUAUGGACCAGUUCAGUGAUUCUUCUAUUAUGGAGGACUCACAGCCUCUGCAUAAGCAUCCCAAAAUUGAUUCUGAUGAGUACUACUGUUUUGGUUAAUAAAAACAAGUUCCAAUGGGACACAAAUGCACUUGUACUUAUCCUUUUUCUUGGCUGCUAUUUUAUUUCAUGUGCAAAACCCCCAAACUUUUCUUGGAAGGAAAACAUAAUAUGAUACUUUGAUUCCACUUCAUAACUUUUGUGUUGCUUCUAAUACAUUUUCUCCUUGGUGGGUUGGGCUUUCCUCCUCCUCACCUUUUCUUUUUCUUAAUUUAUUGUAACAAUUUUUCUUUUUUAUUUUUUUUACAAUGCUGUAUUUACAGGUCUUUAAAAGUGGUGACGGAAAAGCUUUAUCUUUAAAAGGAGACAUCAGGGAACGAGAGCAACAAUUUUGUAUUUGUUGGCAAUAAAAUA